AUGGCUACCAAGAAGGAAAAGCGUCUCAACAUUUCACGUCAGAUUAAGUUCAAGACAGCCCUGAAUGGGUUUGAAAAAUUGGUUGAACAUAUAGUAGCCCAGAAAAAAGACGAAAGAGCAGGCCUGUUUGUCAGAAAAGAAGAUGUGAUUGAUUAUGACAAGUUUUAUGCAGCAGUACAGGAACUCUUUGGUCCAGAAGUGAAGAACCAAGACGUGAAAUGCUUUUAUAGGAAACUCUGCAACAACCCCGAUGCACCUAUGGACUGGUGUGAGAUCUUUGGAUAUUUCUCCUCUGAAGAAGAUUCUCUUGCUUCCCAGCUGGAUGAAGAAAAUUUGGUUUUUCUUGUUUCUAGAAAACAGCGAGUUGUAAUUUCAGGUAGCAGAAGACGAGAUGUUAUUAAGUGCAUUGUCAAGAUUCCUCAGUUGGAUUUACUGAUAGCAGCUUCUCAGAAAGGAUUAAUAACCGUCUUUAAUAGCCAGGAUACCUCCUGGAUUACAGGAUGUGACUACCUCGCACAGCUGAAACGAAUUGUUGCCACUACAGAAAGGACCAUUAUUGUCUGGGAUUAUAAAGCUCAAGGGAACAGCCAGGAAAACUAUUUUGUCAUAAAGCCUAUGGAUCAUUGCCUCCUUUGUGUGUGUGUAGUGUCUCUGCCUGACCAUCUCUGCCGAGAUGACAUCCUCUUGGGGGAUGAUGGUGGUUUUGUGAACAAAUUCACAGUAAACAGUGAUGACUUUGGAUUAAAGCAGGCAAAAUCCAAAAAAAAAUCACAAAAUCAGAUCUUAGACUCGAAGAACUUUAAAAGUGUGAAAAGGAAGCUACAUAAUGACUGGGUUAUGAAAAUUAGAUAUAUUUCAGCCCUAAAUUGCUUUGGAUCCUGUUCUUUAGACAGUGUUCAUUCGUUAGUUUUGGAAUCCUUGAAGAGACUGGAGGAUAAUUUGCCUGUCAGAGAGUUUUCCAUGCCAAGAGGAGCAAACACUUUCUGUUACUGUAUAAAAGCAAAUGUGAUUGUCACUGGAGGAGAAGAUAAAGUGCUCCGGCUGUGGCACCCCAAUAUCAGCACCAAGCCAGUGGGCAAACUUGUGGGGCACAUGUUCAGUAUCACCGAGAUAGUAACGAAUGAGAAGGAUCAACUCGUCAUCAGCCUUUCCUCUGCAAAGGUUUUCAGGGUGUGGGAUAUACAGACUCUUUCACUAUUACAAGUCUUCCACGACAGCCAAGGAGGCCCCGGGGACAUGCAGAUUUAUUCCAUGAUAUAUGACUCCAAUCACGGCAUGCUUAUUACAGGAUCUAGUGUUAUUGACAUGUAUCCAUUGACUAAGAUGAUACAGGAUACAAAACAGGUUCCUCACACUCAUGAACGAGAAAUCAAUGUCAUGCUUUACAACAAAUAUUUUCACCAAGUACUUACAAUCUGUUCCGAAUCCAUAAUUAAGGUUUGGGAACUUGAGACUGGCCUCCAAAUAUACCAGAUUUUAGACCCUCAUGGCUUCAAUGUGGAACUAACUUCUGCAGCUAUUGAUGAAAGCGGAUUUCUUUUUGCCACAGGAGCAUAUAAUGGAACAGUGAAAAUCUGGGACUUUGGCAGCGGCCAGGAGAUGAAGGUGCUGCCGGAGGGCAAGGACUGGAAGGAGGAGGAGCACUGGCUGAAACGCCUGAUUUUCCUGAAGGCGCAGAAGCACCAGCACUUGGUCCUGGCCUUGGAGCGCAACGGGAGGAUCAAAAUGAUCCAGGGUAAGGAAGAUGAUAUUUAUCUCAUGGUGAUAUGGGAGCUGCCUGAUGUCGUGCCUGUCCUACAAGACAGGAAUCAUAUUGUGCACCUGAAGACAUCCACUAAAGAUAGGCCCGUGGCUCUUCCUUUCCCAGAUGUCAAGUUGAUAGUUGAGAAAAACGUUCCUCAACAUGUUAAUAAUACUGCUGUUAGUAGAGAAGUGAACUGCAUUGAUUUAUUACAAGUAGAAGGAUAUAAUUUGAUAGCUGCUGGAACCUUAAAUGGUGCAAUCAUCUUAUGGAAUUUUGUAACAUCUACUGUCAAAGAACUGUACAGACCUGAAGACUGCUUCACUGCAGACCUUGACUUGGAUCCCAAACGCUUUAGAAUUAAUGACAUACUAUUCCUCUUUCGUACCCCUGAAUGUGCAAGGCGAUCAAGUCAGGAUUCCGUAUGUUCUUCAUCCCAAUGUGAUUCUAGUAAAGGUCCACAGAGUAGCAAGGGAAGCAAGCAGAGUGUACAUGACAGUGAGGUUAAGGGUGAGCAAAUAGAUGCCAUGAUGGGAGAGCAACAGCCAGUGAGCAAAAGGUUUCCUGAAGACACCAACCUAACAGAUACCCAGCCACCUAUCCUUGCCACCGCACAUGAAGAUGGACACCUCCGCUUGUGGACUAUCGAGGGAAGACUACUGAAAGAUAUGCUACCUUUUACAAAGCAUUCUGCCAUUUCUCUGACAUCUCUGCAUGUUGACUCCUGUGCCAGGAUUCUACUGACGGGAAAUGUGGAAGGACACAUUAUCCUUUCCAGUAUUGGUUCCUUCCUGGAUCCACCUCAUGAUGAAAAGAAAUUCAAGCAGCUGCUUGCCUGGCGUGCUCAUUCUUUAGAAAUUAUUCAAGUAAUCUAUGUAGAAGAAAAACAAGUGGUGCUUACUGCCUCCAUCGAUGGCUCAGUAAGGCUCUGGCAUGCCCAGAAUGGCCAUUACUGUGGAUAUUUUGGACAGCAAAGAUUCUUUGAAAUAUCACAGACAAGUGAUUUCAUUUUGCCUUGUGAUGUUAAUGAAUAUCCCAUAGAAAUAAAAGAAGAAAGCAAGUUCACAGAGAAGAAACAAAAAUAUGAAUAUCCUCUGGUAUUUGACCGGCAAAGAUGGAGGAAAAUGAGCUCAAUGUCUUUGCUUUUCAAACGUGUAUCUCCCAAGGCCUUUGAAGUGGAACAUGAUUUUAAAUUUUUCGAGUCUCUUUCUUCCCCAAAGCUUCGAAGACAUGCCUUGGAAGGUUUCAUGACUGAAAACAAAGAAGCGGGGAUUAUUUUUGGUUCUCUGCCGAUAUAUAAGGUACCAAGCCCCACUAGUCUAAGAUUCCUUCCACUCAUUGGUUCAGAUGUACAAAGGGAGUCUUCAGAUGGCAUUCCAGGAAAGAAGAAGGGAGGUCAUGUUCAACAUGAAAAAACACAACGGAGGAGAAGCCUGAGAAAACAUUUAGUCCCACAGAUAAAUCUGGCUUCUUCCUUCUUCCCAGCCAUUGCCAAGUAA